AACAAUAGGAAGAAUAUAUUCCACUCCUCUCUUGUACACGCGGCUUAUGAGAUGAACGCUCGUCAAGAAGAACGUCCCCUUCAGCAGCAGGAGGAUCCACAGCCCCCCCACAUUAAAGAGGAAGAGGAGGAAGUGUGGAUCAGUCAGGAGGGAGAGUGUCCUGUAGGGCAGGAGGAGGCUGAUGUCAGCAAGUUUCCACUGACUGUUGUCUCUGUGAAGACUGAAGAGCAUGAAGACAAACCACCUGAGUCCUCACAGCUUCAUCACAGUCCAAACGUCUGUGGAGAACAACGUCUACCUGAAAAAAAGGAGAGUAGCUUCAGGAUGGUGAAGGAGGAUCCUUCAAAGAGGAAGACCAGGCGCCACGGACCCUCUGGCGUCUCCUUUUCCUCUUUGACACAGACCCUUCCCUGUAAAAAGGAAGAGGAAGACUCACUGACGCCCCACAUUAAAGAGGAAGAGGAGGAACACAGCAUCACUCAGGUGGGAGAUCAUCUUGAAGGACUGGAGGAGUUCCCAGUGACUGGUGUCCCUGUGAAGAGUGAAGAUGAUGAGGUGAAAGGUGAAAGUGAGGAGAGGGGAGGGGGGGAGCCUCCAAGCAGCAGCUCAACACAACACAUGACAACAGAAGCUGAUGGAGACCACUGUGGAGGAUCACAAGCAGACAAGCUCUUAGCUCCACUAUCAGAUAGUGAGGACACAACGUCACACUCUCCUGACACUGAUGAUGAAGACUCUAAAGAUGAUAAGACAUGUCACACUGACAACACUCACUUCACAUCUUCUCACUCUCACAAAACAUUUAAAAACCAUAGUCAUCUGAAAAGACACAUGAGAACACACACUGGAGAAAAACCUUUUAUCUGUUCAGUCUGUGGUAAACGUUUUGUUCGAAGUCACAAUGUGAAAGUGCACAUGAGAACACACACUGGUGAAAAAGCUUUUAUCUGUUCAGUCUGUGGUAAACGUUUUGUUCGAAGUCAUAAUGUGAAAGUACACAUGAGAACACACACUGGAGAAAAAACGUUUUCUUGUUCAAUCUGUAGUAAAGGUUUUAUACAAAGUCAAUAUUUGAAAGUGCACAUGAGAACGCACACUGGAGAAAAACCUUUUCCCUGUUCAACCUGUGGUAAAGGUUUUACACAAAAUCAAUAUUUGAAAGUACACAUGAGAACACACACUGGCGAAAAACCUUUUUCCUGUUCAAUCUGUAGUAAAGGUUUUGUACAAAGUAACAGUUUGAAAGUACACACUAGAACACACACUGGUGAAAAAUCACAUUCUUGUUCAAUCUGCAACAGAAGCUUUUGUGACCGAUCAAACCUUUUAGCACACAUGAGAAGACACCCAGGAGAGAAAGUGUUGAGUUGCAGUGUGUGUGGUGAAAGAUUGUCUUCUAAGUACCAGUGUAAGAAACACAAGUGUGCUGGUGAGAACAGCAGCAGCAAAUGAAACUGCAGGAUUUGAAAUAAACUGUUAAGACUUUCAUUUUGACUUUCUAACAACUUUAUGAUUCAUUUGUUGGGUCUCUAUAAUCUAUUUUAUUCAUUACCGUUAUUACUCUGUAUUAUAAUGAUUGUGUUGUGAUUGUUUUAUAUGUAUGUCCCCAGACCUUUAUGCAAUAUACAAGUGAGAGAAAAUAGCAGAUUUUUUUUUUGUUUUUGUGAAAGGAUUUUGUUUUUACAAACUUACAUUUGUGGAUACAUCAAAUAAAUCCAGUAUUGUGUUCUAAACAUUUUUUCUGUAUUUUUUUCUUUUUUCAACAUCCCCAAAACAACAUCAAUAUCAGUCAAAGUUUGGAGUGUCAGACAAAAGCCAAUAUUGUACAUCAUCCCACAGAGAUUUACUUUGCAUACAUUCUUAAAAUAAACUGUUUAUUGUGUUUCCCAGUCACAGAA